GCGGAAUAUAGACGUGGCAGGGACAUUGCUUUAAAUAGGAUCAUUUUACGUCAAAACCCCAACUCUAUGUGUGAGAAGAGAAUUGUUCCCACAACUGAUUCAACAUUUCUUUACAGAAGUUUCAAUCAAGGAAACGUGUGCUUGUUUGUUCAAGGGUGACUAUUCCCGACACAUGGACCAGUCUGAGAAAAAAACCUGCCGUUCUCCUGUCCGCAUGUAAACAGGUGUAGGUGAUUGAUAUCGAUUUUAAAUGAGGAAUGACGCACAUAUGAAACAUGAACAAUGGCUGUCUUCACGGGAGAUUGUGAAUACUCUUGAUUGCGCGUAUCGCUGAUUUCUGUUGCACGUGCGCACGAGAGCGGCACGGGCCGUUAGAAUCGAUAGCCUCACGUUGCCAAUACUUAGCAGACGACAGGAGAGGAGAGCGCACUUCAUUUGGUUAUCUCCCGCCGUUCAGGUUGGGGCCUUGAGAACGAUCGCUUCGCAGGAUUCUUUCCGACUUAGGAUAUUACUGUGGAUUAAAGGGGGCAGCGACAGUCUCAUGGGACUCCAGGAAAAGGUGUCGAGAAGGGUAUGAUAACUUCCUGCGCGCUUCCUUCCAUCUUCACUUCGAGGACAUGGGAAGUUGGGAGGGAAAUUGCUCAAAGGUCCCAUGUAAACCUCCGAUGGCGGAUACGACUUUGUCACAGUUGGACAACCACACAAACUCGUCAUCAGGGAAUACCUCCGCCUCCGACAUUCCGUUUUUGGUUCUGUCCGAGGACUCGAAAAUAGGAUUAAUAUUUUUAUACUCAUUAACAACCAUUCUUGCCAUCAUGGGGAAUCUACUCGUUGUUCUUGUGUUUUGUAAAGGUAGACGAUGUCGCACUGAUAUAAGGCCGUUCCUCAUCAACCUUGCAGUGGCCGAUCUCAUCAUGGCCCUUUUUUGUAUGCCAUUUACUUUUACAUCCGUCAUGCUAAAGACGUGGCUGUUCUCCAAACCCAUGUGUCCAGUUGUCUUAUUCAUGCAACACCUGUCAGUGUCAGCAAGCGUGUUCACAAACAUGGCAAUAGGUAUAGACAGGUUCCUCGUUGUCAUGUUUCCACUCAAGUCCCGCUUGACCACUGCACGGGCAAAAUAUGUAUUGGUGACGAUAUGGGUAUCGUCAAUAGGGCUUUCAUCUGUUCAGCUGGUUGUUGGGAGGGCAUAUGAUGUGAGAGUGGGUGAUUAUCAUUUAAUUGUUUGUGAUGAAACAUGGACGAGUCCCUUAUCUAGAAGGAUUUUCACAUUGUUUGUGCUCUUUAUCACAUACAUAAUGCCUCUCUUCAUCCUCUCUGUGACCUAUUCAAUUGUGGGGAUUCUAUUAUGGACUCGAACUUCCCCGGGAAAUGCUGAUCAGGCUAGAGAUCUCCAACAGUUAAGAACCAAAAGAAAGGUGGUGAAAAUGCUGGUGAUAGUUGUGUGUAUAUUCGGAUUGUGUUGGCUCCCCCUCCAUACAUUCAUAAUUGUGAUAGACUUCAAUCCCCAUCUACUGGAGUAUAAAUCUGAGCAACAGGAGAUUCUAUUCACUGCCGUCUACUACUUCGCUCAUUGGCUGGCAAUGUCUAACAGCUUCGCCAAUCCCAUUAUAUACGGAUUUACAAAUGAUAGCUUCAGGUCCGACCUAGCAGGCCUGUUUUAUUUGUGGUUCCCAUUCUGUUCAUGCCUCAAGAAGAUGGUUGUCCGUAAACUUAGCAUGUCAACAUACGAGACAGCCCUUCCUCGACGUCAAAGCACGAUGAGAAAACCGCCACAACACGCUGCAAUGAAGCAAUCUGUCAGAAAUGGACAUAAAGUGUAUUUUGAGCUCAGACGAUCCUUGUCAAAGGAUGAUGACGAAAAUUGCAGACUCUCAUGUCUGAAUUCAUCCAAUGCUGUUUGAUGCCCUAUUCAUCAAUAUCUGUACCACAUAGUGACAGAUAUCUUCAUUAAGCAUCUUCAUCUUCAAGUCCACAAUAGUGAACCAUGUAUACUAAGAGAUUUCUGUCUAGGCAUAUCUCACACAUACAUACAUACAUUAUCAUUUUUCCUCAUGUAUUAAUUACUCUUUGACUGUAAUUGGAACAUUGAUGUGAAUUAAAAGUACACAAACUUUUAAAAAUAUUUAAAAUAGCUAUAUAUAAUUUUAUUAUAAUACUAGUAUAUAUUUCAAAGUAUUUUGGGUUGGUGGACAGGGUUUCGUACCGUCUUAGUUUCAUAGCUGAUUGGAUUAGAGCAUGUGAUCGAUGAAUCCUAACUCCGAGAACUGAUCCAGAUCAAAGAGACAAAAUUAGAAUACUAAUUUAUCUAGAUACUAUUCGAAAAGACUUCUAUAUACCUACUUGUUUGACCUCAGGCAAAACAGUUCUCGAGGGCUCGUAUAAGGAGGCAAGUUAUUAUUUACAAAUUAACACCAAGCACAAUCAAAACAAUUUUUUAUGAAACGUGUGUACAUGCAUGGUGUAUGUGCAUGAUCAAGAAAGUAGUUAAAAUGCGAACAUUGACAGGACCUGAAAUUAAUUAAUUAAUUGCAUCUUUUUCCUACACUAAUAAUGUGAUAAUCAUUUAGUUAAAAUCAUAUUUACACCAACAAUUACAUACUGAACCUGACAAAGAGCAAGUAAUAACUAUACACCAACCGUUCACUUGUCUUAACAUCGUUCUUACGUUCGGCUACUUUAAAUUAAAUAAUACUGAACAGAGCUGGCUUUGAACAUAAUUGUACAUGGUAUACAUAUAUGAUUGACAUUUUGUACUUGUAUUACGUUUCGAUUUUGUUUUGUGAUUGAUUAUGCUGCUCAACUUUUGUUAAGGAAGUCAUUACCUUACAGUAUGGUUUGGUUACUGUGGACAAAACGUAUUGUGUGUACUGUAUAUGUUGUUAAAGAGAUUGGUAAGCUUUAUUGUUGUUGCAAGGGGUUUGUUCGUAUAAAGUUUAUUUUUUACAUACAAAUGAUACAUGUACUACAGCGUUUUCAAGACUGCGAGAAUAUGACAAACUUUACCCACGAUACAUAUAUUGCUGACGUGUCAUUAUUUCAUAUUUCGUUAUAUACUUCUGUCCUCAGCAAAUUUUGAGUAGCAUGACGAAUUAAUGACUAGCGUCAUAAGGUUAUAUGUCAUAGUUUUUUAAACCGGUGGAGAAAUAAAAACAGUGCUUUUUCACUCUGUUGAUGAACAGUGAUAAAAUGUUGUUUCAGUAUUAAUGCUGAGUGUGUAACCGUUCAUGUACCGUGUGUGACAGAGUAUAGUCAUGAAAAACUGACCAUUAGAGCUGUAUGAUAUUCAUUUUUUGAAAUAUUUAUCAUUGAUAUUAUCACUUGAAAAAUGAAAUGUAAAUAAACAAGAACAUAAAUUGUA